AUGUCCGAACUGGUCCGAACCCUAGUCGAACGGCCCGACAUCUCGAAGCCACGUUGGAAUCAGAACACGUACGAUGGGCGUGCCAGACACUUCUUUUCCGUCGUGAAUCCACUCAACUUGUUCGUAACGAAUGCCCAACUCGAGGAAUGUCGGAAAAUCGUUUUGGAAUAUAAGUAAGAGUGUUUUUGAUAUAUUAAAAAUGGUUCAGUUGAUAAUUUAAUAGCUGUUUUGGAGACAAAACUAGCGAAAAAUUGGGUAAAAAUGGAUUUUAACUGAUUUUUGGAUGUUAUAGUAGGUAAAAGUUGAUUUGAACGCAAGGGAAAGGUUGAAAAUCAGUAGUUUUUGGUUUUAAAAUAGCCAGUAGGAUGUCAAAUUGAUAUAUUUACUUUUAAUCUUUUGAAGAAAUAACUUUGCGAACAUAUUCCAUCGUAUAAAAAUUGUUUUGCAGUCUGCAGUGUUGCGGGCGCAGCGAUAGAUUGCCGAACCCUGAUUUUGUCGGCCAAUCUUGUUUUGAUUACUUAUCGGUGACCUUUGGCUCUUUGUUCUUUGAAAAUUUCUUUGAAAUGAUUUUUAAAAUUAAAGCUUUAGGCGUAUUUUACGAGUUUUUGAAAGGAACUGGGCUUAUUAUGGUUUAUCUUGCUUUUCAUUGACUUUUUUCACUAUUUUUUGAUGGUUUUGUGCUCUAUAACAAGGUUUUUGACCUAAUUUUGCGUGUUAUACCUUGAUUUUUGAUUAAAAUAGCAAGAUUAAUAAAUACUGAACUUUUUAGAGAAGGGAAAGUGCCCGAAAACUUAACCGUCGACCAGUUAUGGACUGCCAAGAACAUCUACGACUCGGCCUAUCACCCGGAGACCGGAGAGAAAAUGCCCAUCGUUGGACGAAUGUCGGCGCAAGUGCCUUGUAACACCAUCAUUACUGGAGGAUUACUGACGUUCUAUAAGUGAGCUUACGUUUCUUUUUGUUUUUGUUUUUAGGCAGAUAUAGAGGAGAAAUUGAAGUUUUGGCCAUCAGAACCAUGGUUAAUAUAAGUUUUGAUGGAUUUUGUCGUUUUUCAGAGGAACUGCUGGCGUUCUCUUCUGGCAAUGGCUAAAUCAAACCUUCAAUGCUACGGUAAACUACACGAAUCGAUCAGGAGAGAAUGCUGUCACUGGCAAUCAGCUUCUCAAAGCUUAUUGUUGUGCUACAGGUGGAGCGAUGGCUACGGCACUGACAUUGAACUCUGUGGCGAAAGUAAGUGGAAGUUUUGAUGAAGUGGGGCUUUGACAAGGUUUUGUAGUAGUUUGCCAAGGAAUGUAAGGUUAAAAAUGGCAAUUUUUUGUGGUUACAGCCUUGAGGAGGUCGUGUCAUGGAUAAUAUCGAUUUUUUUUUGGUUUGUAAUUUGGAUGUUUAGAUUUGAAAUAAUAAUUAUUCACUUUGUGUUUUAUUUAGAAGGUUUUAGAGCGAAAAGUUAAGGUUGAAGUGAUUUGGUUCGAGAGAUAUUGCACUCGAUAUUAAGGAUGCCAGCUAGUUGUUGAUAGGAAUGAAAAUAGGGCAUUUUGAUACAAAAGCAGAUUAAAAUGUGUUUCUUAUCGUUUUGUCGAUGUUUUAAGCUUAAAAUUUUGUGGUUUUUUGCCUUUUGAAAGCUGUGAUAUUGCACUUGGCAUUAGAGGUGUCAUGGAUAAUAUAAAGUUUCGAUUAAUAAAUCAGAUGAAGCCUUUUUGUAAAAACUGUUAAUACAUUAUGUUUGGCAGGGUUUUGUGAAACUUUUGAUGUAAAGAUGGUGUAUUUAUCUUAAUUUGUUGUGAAGAUUUGAUUAAAAACGCCAGAUGAGGUCAUGGAUAAUAUAAUUUUGGUCAAAGAUACCAUUUUGUAAUUGAAAAUGGUAUAAAAUGAAGUUGAAAUUGUUAGGAUGAAGUGUAUUUUUUUAGCAUAAUAUUGAUUUUGCCAAAUUUCAGAAGCUGCCCCCACUGUACGGCCGGCUGGUGCCGUUCUGUUCGAUUGCCAUAGCCAACGCCAUUAAUAACCCGAUGAUGCGAAUCAAAGAGUUCACGGAAGGCAUCACGUUGGAGGAUGCGGAUGGACGAAAGGUUGGAUCGUCCACAGCCGUCGCCAAAACCGCAAUUUUCCAAGUUGUCAUCAGUCGAAUCCUCAUGGCCGUUCCUUAUAUGGGUAGGUUGGGUUGGGGGAUUAUAGGAAUUUUUAGGAAGGGAUUUUGAAAACUACUGUGAUUUGUUUUCUAGCAUUUUGCAAAAAUUACAGUACUUUUUCUAAAAAAAUUACAGUAAUCCUUUUUAAAAAAAGUUACAGUAAUCUUUUUUACAAAAUCUACUGUACUUCCUUUUUUCAAAUGUUACAGUAAUCCUUUUACAAAAGUUACUGUGUUUUUUAAUGUUGGAAACUACAGUAACCCGUUUUACCAGCUAUGGUAAUCUUUUUUUUUGUUUGUUACUGUAGACCCUUUUUAAGAACUACAGUAAAUUUCAAGUUACAACAUGGUUCCUAACAAAAGCUACAGUAUUCUUUUUUUCAAACCAUACAGUAACCUACUUAUAGUGAUGACACCAGUAGUAGUGAAUGCCUUGGAGAAGCGAUCGGCCUGGUUCAGAGCGCGGCCCUACCUGUCAGGCCCCCUCCAGACAGCCAUGUGUGGAGUGAUCCUCCUCUUCUCGACCCCCCCCUCUGCUGUGCCAUCUUCCCUCAAAAGGCCAUGA